GCUAGCACUUACUACUCAAGUCAAUUUCCUUAUUGGUUUAAUGCUUUCUCUUGAAUCCUCUCUUCUCUUGUUCACGAAAUUUAUUUCGAAACUCAAUAAAUUUAUUUACUUUAUUGAAAAGGCUUAGUGUGCAGUUGCAACAUAUUAAAAUUGAAGUUUCGCGAAAAUGUCGCUCACUAUUCACGGUUACCCUGACUUGUACAAUCUCCCCUGCUCUUUAAUUUUUAUGACGUUAUUUUCUUUCUUAAUGGAACACUCUGUGGAUGACAAGUACCAGAGCCAGAAAAUAGAUACUGGACCAGUAGAGUACGAUUUCAUCAUUGUAGGAGCUGGAUCCGCAGGAUCCGUACUAGCAAAUCGCCUGACAGAGAUCAGCGACUGGAACGUACUUUUAUUAGAAGCUGGCAGAGAGGAACCAGAAGCUGCAGAUAUACCAGGAAUGAUUUAUGCAAUUGAACAAACUGACAUAGAUUGGAAUUAUCGAACCCAACCAGACGAACAUUCCUGUUUAUUAGAUAACGGAUGUGCCUGGCCUCGUGGCAAAGUUAUGGGUGGAUCGAGCUCAUUAAACAUUAUGUUGUAUGUUAGAGGAAAUCGAGAAGAUUAUGAUGGGUGGGAGAAAUUGGGAAAUCCUGGUUGGAGUUACAAAGAUGUGUUGCCUUACUUCAAAAAAUCUGAAAACAACAGAAAUGAGGAUAUUACGAAAGGAAAUUCGACAUAUCAUCAAACUGGAGGAUAUCUACAUGUAGAAAGGUUUCCUCAUCUAUCACAUGAUGCAAAAAUCAUUUUGCAAGGACUUGAAGAAGUAGGGCUUAAAACAGUUGAUGUCAAUGGGGAGUCCCAAAUAGGAUCAAUGAAUAUUCAGACAACAUCCUAUAAUGCAACUCGCCAAAGUACAAACGUAGCUUUCCUUCGGCCAAUCAGAGAAAGAAGGUCUAAUUUGUUUAUCACAACGAGAACUUUCGUUACAAGAAUUUUGAUUGAUCCAAGCUCAAGGAGAGCCAUAGGUGUUGAAUAUACAUCUACUCUUACUGGUGAACGUCGGUCGGCAAUGGCAAAGAAAGAAGUGAUUGUGUCUGCAGGUGCUAUAAAUUCACCAAAGCUGCUAAUGCUUUCUGGAAUAGGCCCAAUUGAAGAGCUGCAGGAACAUGGUAUCAAUGUCAUAAAAAAUUUAUCCGUUGGUCAUAAUCUUCAGGAUCACGUGACACUAACGGGAUUACCUGUUCAGAUAGUAAACAGAAAUGCAGAUAUUUCUAAUUGUCCGCAAAUUUUGAAGGAUUUGAAUUACUAUUUGGCAACACAUAGAGGCCCAUUUGCUAGUACGGGUGUCGCUGCUAAUACUGCAUUUUUUAGAACAGAGUAUGAAAAAAGUCAAAACGUUCCAGACAUGCAAUUGCAUUUUCAGGCUGAUAGUACAAAUCCUCUUUACUACAAUCAAUUUCUUAUCUGGCCAACUCUACUAGCUCCAAAAAGUAAAGGAUUCAUCAAACUUAAUGAUACUCAUUCCACCUGGGGUGCACCAAUAAUUCAACCAAGAUAUUUAACAGAGGAUAUAGACAUGAAACGCAUGAUUCAUGGUAUCCGAAUGACCCUUAGAUUAUUUAAUACUACUGCAUUCAAAGAAAAUAAUUUCAAGUUAAAUGAAACAUCUUUGCAUCCUUGUGAAGCGUUUACAUUCAAUAGUGAUGACUACUGGACCUGCGUGACAAGACAAUACACUCACACAGUAUAUCAUCCUACUGGGACUUGCAAAAUGGGUCCUAAAGAAGAUUCGGAAGCGGUUGUUGAUCCCCAAUUACGUGUUUAUGGUGUUUUAAAUUUGAGUGUAGUGGAUGCUUCCAUUAUGCCGAAUAUUCCAAGAGGAAACACUAAUGCUCCUACUAUUAUGAUUGCCGAGAAAGCUAGUGAUAUGAUAAAAAACAGAUGGUUAAACGCUAGUCAUGUGAAUACUUGAUUUCUUCUAAUACAAAUGAUUCCUUUAUAAGAAUAUAGAAUUUAUGGAAAAUAAAAAUAAACUAUUUUAAAUGAAUUUAAAUUUCAUGCAAGAUAAAACUUUUUAAGUCAACGAAUUUUUAUUUUCAAGGCCACCUGAAAUCAAAUAAUUAAAUACAGAUUGUAAAUACAAAUCGAAUUACAGUCAGAAAAUGUUAUUCCUCUCCUAAAUCUAACGCAUUUAGAUUAUUGA